AUGGCAUCCUCGGCGUCUGAUCCCCCGGAGAAGCGACCCGUUCCCGCGCCUUCAAAUCCAGUCCUUCUUGCGGCGCAAGCACAAUGGCUCUUCACCGACGAGGAGCUCACUCGCACCCCCUCGCAGCUUGACGGCAUGAAGAUAGAGGCGGAGUAUACGAGUCGGAGUAAAGGGGUCAACUUCAUCACCCAGGUGGGCAUCAUGUUGAAACUCCCCCAACUCACCCUCGCCACGGCGGCCGUCUAUCUUCACCGGUUCUUCAUGCGCUACAGCAUGGUCGACCUGCCCCAACGACCCGGGAUGCAUCCGUACCCGAUUGCGGCCACUUCGCUGUUCCUGGCCACCAAAGUGGAGGAGAACGUCCGGAGGAUGCGAGAGUUGGUGGUGGCCUGUUGUCGGGUGGCGCAGAAGCAGCCGAAUCUGGUGGUGGACGAGCAAUCCAAGGAGUUCUGGAAAUGGCGUGACACUAUUUUACACCAUGAGGACCUGGUUCUGGAAGCCGUCUGCUUCGAUCUGCAACUCGAGCAACCGUACCGCAUCCUGUUCGACUUCCUCUGUUUCUUCGGGGUCAACGAGAACAAACCCGUUCGAAACGCGGCGUGGGCCUUCGUCAACGACUCCAUGUUCACCGUCCUCUGCUUGCAGUUCUCGGCCCGCACGAUCGCCGCCGCCGCUCUCUAUGCCGCCGCUCGCCAUUGCGAUGUCGGUUUUCAGGAUGACUCCUUGGGCCGCCCGUGGUGGGAGCAGAUAGACGUGGAUCUGGUCCAGGUGCGUCGCGCGUGUACACGAAUUGCACAGCUCUAUGAAAACAAUGCCAUGCAAAAACACACCCAGUACUACCCGACCACCCCCAUCGUCUCAGACGAAGGCACUGAGAAGACCAGGAUCCCGCGGGAAGCCGAUCCCGUUAACGGGCGGAAACGGUCCAGGGAACCCGACGACGAACGUAGAGCCCGUCGUUCGGAUUCCGACCUGCAGCAAGACCAGAACGGCGCGCGAUCCCCCAAGCGGCCGCGCAUGGAGUCAGAGGCUUCGCUCUCUCCCUCCCAACAACCGCCCCCCUCAUCCUCCUCAGCUCUCCCUCCCCACAGACGCUCUUCCCACUCGCGGGAUCGACAGCCCUCCAACGGCCGUCUCCCUCCUGCUCCUGCUGCUGCUUCUGCUUCUGCUGCCUCUUCCCACCACCGUCAUCCACACCCAUUACCCCCAGCACCUCGUCCCUACCCCCGACGAGACAGUGACAGUCGACCGGGAGGCAAACCCGCAGCCUCUGUCGAUCCCAUCCAGCAACGCAUCGACGAGAUCGUCCAACAGAACAUGUCCCAUGGAGGUCCUGCUCUCCCUCCUCCUUCCUCUCGAGACACUCCACGAACUGACCGACGGCGUACCUCCGAUUUGCUCUCUACCGGUGGUAGGAAAUCCCUCGGCCAUCAUCCUUCACAUCCUCAUUCUUAUCCUCAUCCUCCUCCCCCGGAUUACCAUCAACCACCUCCGCCAUCACCUCCACCCCAACCACCGUCGCAGACAGAUCCUCAUCAUCCGGCAGAUAAGGACGAUGAGGGGGGAGGUAGUGAAGAAGGGGAAUUAUAG